CUUGAAUGGAUAAUGCAAAGGAUCCUGAGAGACUAUCUUGGUUUGCGGCCCAAGUCAUGCAGUAUUUCCUCCGGAUUUUGGUAGGGGUGGGUGAUGUGAGUUGGUCAAGAAGGUCUCUCACAAGGGCCACGAGAAUUUCCAGACAAUCAACACCGGACGGACUCUGUCGAAAGCUGUUCCCUAGUCUCCCCAGAAAAUACGAUAUUGCUUCAAUGCUUCUUCACAUGACACGGAAGCGAUGCCAGCAAUAGUCAACGCUCUUGUGCAGUUGGUCUAGGUCGACCACAGUGUGCCACAAA